ACCUCCUCUGCGCCCCAGCGGUCUGGCGGGCGGGGGAAGUGGUUAAGGCUGGCUGCCCCCUUGGGGGCGCCGAGUCUAACGAGAUCAAAAGCCGCUGCCCCGCCCGCCUCUAGGCGCGCGCCGGGGUCACGUGCCCCUUCGGUGAAUGGGGAGGAGCGGGCGUGAGGGGGCCCAGCACUAAUCCGGACCCGAGCCUUGAUCGCUGUCGGAGCCAUGCUGCGGAGCUGCGUCUCACGACUGCGCACGCUUGCGGUUCAGCGCGGCCUGCCCGGAGGCGCGCCUCUGCCGGCGAAGGACCCGUGGUCGCCGCGGGUGAAUCCCGGAGCCGGGCGGCGGGAGCGGGCGGCCAAGCCAGGCUGCGUCAGGGGUGACCCGAGGUCAUUUUCUUCUGAGGUCAUGCAUAUGGACCUUUCUCUCCCCAACCCCAGUUGGAGCGAGGACAUGAGACUUCUCUUUGACCAGUUCAUGAAAAAAAGUGAAGACGGCUCUUGGAAACAUUUGCCUUCAUAUAAAAGUAAAUUUACUCAAGAGACUGAAGACAUCAAAAUCUAUUUUCCUGACGCAAAGCUAAUGAAAGAAAAACUGUCACAGGCCCAGCUCUUUCCCAGAAGCCUUGAGGAAGGCCUGGGCUUUGAAUAUGCAAUGUUCCAUAAUUGUGUUGAAGACAGGACAGUUUGCAUAUUUCAAGGAGGUCCCUACCUGCAAGGAGUACCUGGAUUCCUUCACGGAGGUGCCAUUGCAACCAUGAUUGAUGCUACUCUUGGUACGUGUGCUGUAGUAGCCAUAGGAGUUGCCAUGACUGCCAGCCUCAACAUCAGUUUUAAAAGGCCUAUCCCCCUCGGUUCUGUUGUUGUGAUAAAUAGUCAAGUUGAUAAAGUUGAAGGAAGGAAAUUGUUUCUUUCUUGUAAUAUCCGAAGUGUGGAUGAGAAGACCGUGUACUCAGAGGCAACAAGUUUAUUUGUAAAGCUGGAUCCUAAAACAAGGUUGACAUAAACGAGCUUCUGGUACAUUCUACACCAGUCUGUGUUAGGGUCUCCUUCCCUCAGAAGAAGCUGUUGUGCCACUCCUGCUCUAAUUACCUGCCAUUGAGUCCCCCAGAGGGUGAAGCCUGCUAACACACCUUCCUGAACAGAUCUUCAGAAUACAACUCCAGGGACUCUGGUGCCAUCUUCUAAACUCUUCAACACAGAAGUACUCCUUGUGAGAGUGGCAGCAAUUAUUUGUGUCUCCUUAGGAUAAGUGUCUGGUUCACAUGACUUUGAAUGGGUUCCUUAAGGCUGCACAAGCAUGCCUUGUGCACAAGCACAAGCACAUGCACAAGCAUGUCUGCCCCGUUGCUGCCUAGAGAGAAAACUCAUACUGAAACUCUUACCACAAACUUGGAUAUGCCAGAAAACCAAAGGAAGUAAUGAGGUAUGUGUGCGUGUGUGUGUGUGUGUGUGUGUGUUAUAAAUUACAAAGCUAGCUUUAUUGUAUCCAAACAAAUUUUUUUGGCUACAGUAGGAAGUGCAGCUAGUUCCUAUUGGAAUGAAUAACUCAACUCUGAAUCCUAGAAUAAACAGCUGUACGAUUUUUUUUUAUGUUUAUUUAUUUUUGAGAGACAGAGAAUGAGCAUGGGAGGGACAGAGAGAGAGGGAGACACAGAAUCCGAAGCAGGCUCCAGGCUCUAAGCUGUCAGCACAGAGCCCGAUGCAGGGCUCGAACCCACGAACCAUGAGAUCAUGACCUGAGCAGAAGUCCGACGCUCAACCGACUGAGCCACCCAGGCGCCCAACAGCUGUACCAUUUUUAAUAUAAACUGUCCCUUGUGUCUUACCAACAACAUAGUUUAUCAUCACUGGAAGAAGCCCAUAUUUAUUUCCUAGAUAUCUUAAUCCAUUCAGUCUGCGAUAACAAAACACCACAGACCUGGUAACUUAUAUACAACAGAAAUUUAUUGCUCACAGGUUUGGAGCCUGGAAAGUCCAGGAUCAAGUUACAGCACAGUCACCCUCUGGUGAGGGCUAGCUUAUGGGCUCAUAACUGGUACUUCCUCACUGUGUCCUCACUUGGUGGAAGGGGCUAGAGAUCUCUCUAGAUCUUCUCUUAUUAGGGCAUUAAUCCCAUUCAUGAGGACUCCAUUUCAUUAUUUAUAAUUCUUAAAGGACUACCUACUAAUACCAUCACAUGGGCAUUAGAAUUUUAACAUAAGAAAGGUUUGGGGGGGUGGGGCACAAACAUGCAGACCAUAGCAUUAGCACUGUCAUAUCCAAGUUAAUACAGUGGGUGAUUUGAAACAACAGGAACUCUUUGCCUCACGGUUCUGCAAAGAGAAGUUCAGAGUCAAGGUUUCUACAAGGCCCAGCUCCCUCUCAAACCUAUAGGGAAGGAAUUGCUCAAGCCUCUCUUCUAGCUACUGGUAGCUUCAAACAUUGCUUGACUUGUACAUUCAUCAUUCAUGUCUUCACAUGGUGUUCUCUGUGUGUCCUUACAUCAUCUUCUCUCUGGGCAUAUCUGUCCACAUUUCCCCUAAGGACACCACUCAUUGGUAGGACCCAUGUCAAUGACCUCACUUUAACCUGAUUACCUCUAUAAAGACCCCAUUUCCAAAUAAGCUCACAUUAUCAGGUGGGGGGAUGUGGACUUCCAAAACACCUUUUGAAGGACACAAUUCAACUCCUAACAGAACCUUAGACAAGAUGAAAAAUGAAUUGGGAGACUAGUAUUCUAGGAAACAUAUUCUGUUUCUAAUAGAGUGAAUAGAAUCUAUUGCAGACAAGAGUCUGGGCUUCAUUUCUUGUCUUUUUUUUUCCCCCCUUAUUAAAAGUUUAGGUCGAACCCAUGUGAAAUAGCCAUUUUUGAAGGUCUCAGUGGUCAAAUAUUGGCCAUUUCCUGUGGCUCAACUGAAUGAUUUAGGGAUAGCCUUGUGGUAACCUACCCAGUCAUCCUUGCACAGCUGAAAGAUCAGCUGGACUCCUCCACUGCCAGACCCAGGUGACCUUGGGAUGGCCCAGCCCAUGGAGGACUCCCAUCCCUAGGGCCUACCUGUAGUUCCCCAGCCGUAAGAAAGGCCUCAGCAGAGGGUCAGGGUCACAGCGAUAGUGAGGCUAGCAGUUCCCUCUCCCUGGAAACCCUGGUAGAGCUUGGGGAGGUGCCUGGCCCAGAGCUGUGCAGUUGCAUGUCUGCCUAGUCUUCUGUUUAAUGAAACUAAAGACUGGGCUCCUGGGAGAGCCCUCUCAGCUUGCUUCAUGGAUAGUAGGCAUGUGUAAAAAUGGGAUGCUGAAGGGAGCCGGCACUGCUGUCUAGUUUCCCUCUGGUAGAAAGGAGUUUAGACACAGAAAGUACUUAAACAUUUCAUUUAUUUGAACAGGCUUGCCAAACUCCUGAAGCACACCAGACCUUCAUGUAAGGCAAAAAGAACCUAAUAGAAAGAAUGCCAAAAGAACCAUUUUUCUUCUUUCUAUUACAUAUGUGCACACCUCCCUUCUGCCCACAUCAAAGGUUUUAGUUCUCACACUGGUUCGAUGGCGUCCGGGCUGCAUUGCAGCAUGUGGGGGCCCUGGCUGAUGCAAAGGUCGGCUAAGGGGAAAGCUAGGUUGCUAAUACAGGGGUUCCCCACAUCAACCGAGAGCAAAAUGGUUUCCCUGCUUUGCAGCAGACUGUUCCUGGGCUCGACAGAGCCUGCAUUCUUGCCUUCAUCAUAUUGUAUUUUGAUAAAUAUGCAAGAUUGGCAGAAGAUGACUAAACAGAAGGAGGGAGGUGUGUGAGAAUUGUGCUGGCCCCACUCCGUCACCAGCUUGCUGAGUAGCUGCUGCUGUGCAGCCCUUCCUGCCUGGCCCGCUCUUUACCCUGGGGGUUAGGGGGCACUUUGAGUGAAGAUUAUGAACUGUUGGGGGUCAGUGUUAAAAUAUCCUUGAACUAUCAGACCAAACAGAAUUAGGAAGUAAGCUUUUGCUCUUAACCCCAAAUUUAAGUUUCUAAAUGCCUAGGAAAUAUAAUAGAUACUCAUGUGCAGAAAUACGUUGUUGGGGGAAUUUAAAGGACAAACAAAAAAUAAGAUUAAUUUUUUUAUCUAAUGGGAAAUGAGUCAAGAAAAACCAUUUUUCUGAAUUAAGAAACUUCUGUCCUUCACGUUCCUACGUUUCACUUCCCAUUACCUUCUCGAGACCCUGACUUUCCCUCUAUCCCAGGGAAUCAUGAGGCCAAAUUUAUUAUUCUAUUUAAUAGCCAUCAUGGAACCCUAGACAGACAUCUCUUUCAAUGCCAAGUAUACAACAUUCUUUAUGGUAGAGAUAAGAAAAUCUCUUUCAAAUUUGAAUCAUUGAAAGUCAUGGAUUUUAGGGGCACCUAGGUGGCUCAGUUGCUUAAGCAUCUAUCUGACUCUUGUUUUGGCUCAGGUCAUGAUCUCAUGAUUUGUGAGUUUGAGUCCCGCUUUGGGCUGUGUGCUGACCGCUCUGAGCCUGCUUGGGAUGCUCUCCCUCUCCCUCUGCCCCUCCCCAAUGCCUGUGCUCUCUCAGAAUAAAUUUAAAAAAAAAAAAAAAGUAAUGGAUUUUAUGUCUCAGGAAGGUUUAAAAACAUUUUUUUAAUUUUAUUUUUAAGAAUUAUCUACACCCAACAUGGGGCUUGAACUCACAACCUUUUUUUUUUUUUUUUACGUUUAUUUAUUU